AGAUCUCCAAUAUAGAAGCUUUAACUAAACUCCAAUAUAAAUACAGUUGAAUUGAUUCUUCCGGUUCAAGUCACCGGCCGGCGGCUAAAGUUUCCCGGUUCAUCCACCAAAAACCUAGAGCUCAGUAAAUUGCUGAUCAUGGCGGCGUUGCCAUAUGCUGAUGUCGAUUCGAGCUUAAAAGCUCUAGCCGGUCGAGCCGAAGGGUUCGGCAGAUUUGCGAUCGGCGGUCUAAAUGGUCCGGUCUAUUCCGUCACAUCAUUAGCCGAUGAUGGUCCGGGAUCACUCCGUGAUGGAUGCCGUAAGAAAGAACCACUAUGGAUUGUUUUUGAAGUUUCAGGCACCAUUCAUCUCACGUCUUACCUACGCGUGUCAUCCCAUAAAACUAUUGAUGGUCGUGGCCAAAGGAUAAAACUCACUGGCAAAGGCUUACAACUGAAGGAUUGUGAGCACAUAAUCGUAUGCAAUUUGGAGUUUGAAGGUGGCAGAGGUCAUGACGUUGACGGCAUUCAAAUAAAACCAAAUUCUAGGCACAUUUGGAUAGACCGCUGUUCUCUUCGUGAUUAUGAUGAUGGGCUAAUCGAUAUUACCAGACAAAGCACAGAUAUAACUAUUUCUAGAUGUUAUUUUGCUCAGCAUGAUAAGACAAUGCUUAUUGGAGCAGACCCGUCUCAUGUUGGUGAUAGAUGUAUCAGAGUGACCAUCCACCAUUGCUUUUUCGAUGGGACGAGGCAGAGGCAACCUCGUGUUAGAUUUGGUAAAGUUCAUCUGUACAACAAUUACACUAGAAAUUGGGGUAUAUAUGCUAUUUGUGCUAGCGUAGAAUCACAGAUAUAUUCUCAAUGCAACAUAUAUGAAGCUACACAGAAGAAAAAAGCUUUCGAAUACUACACAGAGAAGGCAGCAGAUAAGGAGGAAGCAAGAACUGGUUUAAUUAGAUCUGAAGGGGACAUGUUUCUGAAUGGAGCUCAAGGGAGUUUGUUAACUGUUGUUGGUGGAGAGUGUGUUUUUCAUCCAAGUGAAUUUUACCUUGUCUGGACGCUGGAACCAGCCUCAGACUCCCUCAAAGCUAUUCUCCACAUUUGCACUGGUUGGCAAUCUAUUCCCCGUCCACAGGAAGAGUGUGCUCGUCAAUUGAAACCUGCACGCUAGAGCAGAUCUAGUGCUCGUUACGGGUUUAUCUGAACCUAGUAACUUUGGCUCAAACCUUGUAUGUGUUGAACAGUUCACUAAAUAAAUACAAAUAAUAUAUCUUAGACCCAGUAACUCAAAAUGGGUUUGGUCGUUUGGAUAGAAAUCCAAUCUCGAUCCCACAAUGUUCAAAUCUUAAUGUAGGCAAGGCAUAUCUCGUUGAAUUAGUCUUGAAUCUACCUCCUGGUUCUUCUACCGAUCAAGAAGAGGCUGGGUAGAUAGAGGAAGGAAGAUUUAUUGAAUGUUUUUGGACAUUUAUUGAGUUGGUAAGUUACAGUAUUAUUUUUUCGAAGGAUCUUUCUUGAUUUGAUAGUCUUCAAUCCAACCUUUCUCUGUACGUAAUGUAAUGUAUGUUUUCAUGUGAAAUUUUUAUCCUAUGUAAGAAUGUUAAACGAUGGAUUAAUACAGAUUAUUGAUAUCAAGACUGAAUUUUUAUUUGAA